GUAUUUCAAAACAAUAUUAUUUACCGCCAAAGUGAAAAUCAACAAAAAACUUGAUUUCUUAUUAAAUUUAAAUUGAAUAUCGUAAAAAAUGGAGACCAGAGCAUCAAAACGUCGUCGUUUAACUGAUGAACUCGAAAAUAUUAAGCCGAAUAUUAAUGUGGACGACAAAACUGCCGUUAUUAAGAAGAAAAAUCUCAAAACUCCAAAGACUGAAAUCAAGACUGAACUCAUUCUCUACGAACCUUCAUUAGAGCAGCUCUCAUCACCGGACAUUUUGGACAUGAAAUCUCUAAUUAGGUACUUUGACGGAGACGAUCCACAGACAUUUAUGGAUCAUUGUCGCAAAUACAUGAAUUCUACGUUGAUGAGCAUUGUCGAGGAAGCAACUAUUCAGCAAGCAGAUACUCCAAUUUGGCAUCAAAUGCGCUUAGGACGCAUUACAGCCUCUCGCAUCCACCAAGCUAGUCGUUGCAAAACGAAAAAUGGAUCGUUAGUGGAUUCAAUCAUGGGGAAAAAGUCGGGCUGGUCUUUUGCCAUGCAACGCGGAACCGAUUUGGAAGACAGAGUUUUUGCCGUACUCAAGAAAGAACUCGCUUCGGAGAAAUUAAGACAAUGUGGGAUAUUUUUGGAUGCAAAUUUACCUCAUUUGGCGGCAAGUCCUGACGGUAUUGCCGAAAAUUUUGUUGUGGAAAUCAAGUGUCCCGCAACGCCAAAAACUCAUGCGGAAUAUUUGACUGUUGAGACUCUGAAUCCCAAGUACUAUGGACAAAUUCAAUUGCAAAUGCACAUUACGCAGCGCAAGAAGGCUUUGCUCGGUGUUGCUGAUUUGAAUUUCGAACGCAACAAGAAAGUAACUAAAGUCUGGAUUGAAUAUGACGAGGAUUACGUUAAGGAGCUCAUAGACGACGCAAAUUCAUUUUGGACUGAAGCUGUUUUCCCUAAAUUGCUCAAAUUUAAGACUAAAUAUUAAUUUAUAUUGACUUUGUUUUUCUCAACAAUUGUUAUUUGAAAAUAAUUUAACAAGCUUUCUAAAAUAAUUAUUUUUUCAUUUA